GAAAGAGGGCAUAAGUGCAUGUAUUAGGUGUGUGUACCGACUGAUCAAAGGUCGCUGGUUAACAUGAACGGGUAUGUGAAGAGGAAGUGACGCAUGCGGAGAGCCGGGGUCCGCAGCGUGCUCUGACAGAUAGCUUUGGUGGAAAGAUGAUGCCGAUUAUGUCAGCCUAGUUUUAAUAUAAUGGUAACCAGUUACAAAUAUAAGUAAAGCCAGCACCAUGACCUCUCAGUUGUCAUUAGUCUGGAGAAGAGCACCGAAGUUGUGCCGAUCUAUGCUGCAGAUAUCAAGGUGUCCACUGUCACAAACCAAAAACACCUGUACCAGAUUUUAUCAUGUUGUCCCUGUGGCGAAGAUGAGCAAGUGUAGCAGACCCAUCACAUCUGACAAAGCUCACAUAAACACCGUACGUUUGCCUGUUGUAUAUCAACAGUGCGCCACACUACACAUGUUUUCAUAUGUACAAAGUCCAACAACUCUCACUGGUAGACCAACAGAGAAGAAGGGAGACAACUCAAGACCUGGCCUGGAUAGUGCUGCCCAAACUGGCUGGGUGAUAAGACUGGCCAAUGAGAAUGGUUACCUGUCCUGGUGUAGGAACACUUACCUGGCCACUGUGGUUGGGGUGGGAAUGUGGGCAGAGGGACCCUCAUCUAUAGCCUUCCAUGCCACAGAGGGUGCCCUAUUCCUGGGAGGACUGAACUUAGUUCUAGGAACGGUCAGUUACCUACACACUAUCUUCAGGGUGAGGAAGGCCAUCCACAUGUCCCGGAUCGGGACGGGACUUCACACCCUGGCCGCCCUCACCCACCUGGGCAUCUGGUUGACAGUCGUUAUCACUUACCUGGGCUACGUGGAGGCAGAAGAAGAGGCCAGGCACCCAGGUACUACAGGCCUUGAGGGCUUUGACAAGGGGAUAUUUCUGGAAUCCAGUGUGAGGAAAGAUCCACCUAAAUGAUCAAAAACAAAAGAUAUUAGAUGUAGAUAUACAUGUAGGAGUAGAUAGAGAGAUAUAUUUUUUUACUACACGACUAAUUGUUCCUAUUUAUUGCCUGUAUGUAAUUAUCAUAUAACUGUCAGGCUUUGUCAAACUCGUGGACCUUGAUAUAAUAUUACAUUUUGUUUGGUGUUUUUUUGUUGUUUUUUUGAUGUUUUUUUUUCUUAGAAGAUGUAGCCUUUUAUCUACAUCUGCUGUUAUUCUGUUUCUCUCUCUCCCUCUUUCUCUCUCUCUCUCAUUAUCUUUGCUUUUGUGUAAUCCAGACUUUAUAGAUAAAGAUAUUAUCCUAAGAAAUACUUGUUAAUGAACAGAUUGAAGCUUCAGUGAGAGAAAAUUGCCGAAUAGAAGUCUGAGUUGAAUUGCAGUUAGGAUUCAGUUAUUUGUAAGAUUUAUGUAAUGGGAAUUACAUUGUGCAUGUUUAGUGUAAUUGAGGUUUAACUCGGUUCUCGCAAGCUCAUGUUAGCAGUUAACUCUAUAAAACGACAUAAAAAGCAGCCGUUUGAUAUUGCAUGUAUUGUGUUAUUUUAUGCAUGAAUUACGUUCUUUUUUGUGUAAAGCCAUGUGUUGUGUUCUUUUCUGCAAUACCAUAACACCUAUGUACUUCGUCAGUGUGAGACUUUAAAUCGAUGUAUAUUUCUUCAGUGACGGUUAAGGAUUUGCCAGACACAGACCUGAAAUAAAGAAUUUACAUAUUUUU